GGGAACUGCCCGAGCCCCCCCCCUCCCCCAAUCACCGGGAACCGCCGGAGCCCCCUCCCCCCAAUCACCGGGAACCGCCGGAGCCCCCCCUCCCCCAAUCACCGGGAACGGAGCCCCCCUCCCCCCCAAUCACCGGGAACUGCCCGAGCCCCCCCCUCCCCCAAUCACCGGGAACGGAGCCCCCCUUCCCCUCCCCCUCCCCGCCCGAAAGAGCGGUCCCGCGCGAUGAACAAACAGAAGGAAAGUGCCGCUGCUUCUGUUAUUUUGAAGUAUUUGAACGACCAGAAUCGACCAUACAGUGCACAAGAUGUUUUUGGGAAUCUCCAGCGAGAAUACGGCUUUGGGAAAACAGCUGCAGUGAAAGCUCUGGAGCAGCUAACUCAAGAUGGUAAAAUAAAGGAAAAGGUUUAUGGGAAACAGAAAAUCUACUUUGCUGAUCAGAGUCAGUUUGCAGCUGUUGGUGAAACUGAUCUGAAGACCCUAGACAGUGAGAUCAGUGAACUGAGUGACAAGUUCCAAAAUGUUCAACAGUGCUGUCGGCAAAUGGAAGCAGAACUUAAAGAGCUAAAUAAUUCGAUGACAACCGAGGAAGUGUCUUUGGAAAUUACAGCACUAAACCAAGAAUGUGCAUCACAUCAAGAGAGACUGAAAAAAAUCAAAUCUGCAACCAACCACGUUGCCCCAGAGGAUAAAGAAAAGGUUUAUAACGAACGAAAGUUUUAUGUGAAAGAAUGGAAGCGAAGGAAGAGAAUGGUUUGUGAUUUGACGGAUGCGGUUCUGGAAGGGUACCCCAAGAGCAGGAGGCAAUUUUACGAAGAAAUUGGGAUAGAAACAGAUGAAGAUCAUAUGGUCACCGUACCAGACUUAUGAAGAAUAAAGUUGUAAAAGAAAAUGGCAACACAACCAAAGUUUUAUGUAAAUAGAAAAGCUAUCCCAGAAUGUUUUCUGCCCAAUUUAUUGCAUCAAAAAUUGAUGAGUCUUCUGUUUGGCUACUGAAUGUUGCUGGUGUAGAAGCUGCUGUGAAAUCUAUUCAUUUUCCAAGUGUUGCUUUAUCCAGUCAUACUGAGAUGAUAUUGCUAUAUUUUUUUAUUUCAACAGGAAGAUAACUAGAUCUUGCCCAACCAUAUUCAGAAUUUCACUGUUCAUUUGUUUUCAACUGCUUUUGGAGAUCUUUCCAGGAGUGCAAUUCAUUUUUGUUUUGGUCAAGUCAGCAUAGCCCUGUUGUAAUGAACAACACCCAGUUUGUAGAAAUUGCCUGUGCAUUAGAUCCAUUACUAGAUCCACUUCAUAUUUAUAGCUUUGAAAAAGAAUGGCUUUGAAUCUAAAUGAGUAAUUUGCUUGGAUGUGGAGCUGGAGCUUGACUUAUUAAACAUCAAUAAUAAAGCUUUGGCUAAUCAUUUUGACUCAAGCCAGAUUAUUGGUGGCAGGUAAUAAAAACAUUGGUCUACUCUCUGUCAACAUUAUCUUUUUAUAGACUUGUACUGUUACAUUUUCUGUUAGCACAAAAUAUUUUGUC